AAUUAGCAAUGGUGGGCGUCCUGUGGUUUCUUGUCAUAUUAGUUGAUACAAGCAAGUCUCUAACAUGUAGUGAACCUGUGAGAUCUGUGACAGGAAAGUAUCUUAGAGGUCAUGUGACUUCAAAUUCAAGUACCAGUAGCCUGGGUGACUGUAUGCAGCAGUGCGUUAGUGUUCCGCACUGUAAAAGCAUCAACUUCCGGUUUAAGGACUUACUCUGUGAACUGAACGACGCUUGUAGAUAUACGCACCCAUGGGAUUACAUUUCCAGAGAGGAACACGCGUACAGUGACAUCCAUCCUGAUAAGGAACCAUUUCGGAACCUGCGCUUGAAUAUGACGCCUUCAUGGCUUCGAGCCCACGCUUCUUUCAUUUAUAGCAAUAGCUCUCAUUCCGCUGAUCAGAUAACAUUCAACGCAGGCUCUUUAAAAAACGCGGCCCUUUUAAAAGUUGCUUUGGUGGCUGAUGGCCUGUUAACAGAAGGAACUCCGCUGACCGUUGAAAUUACUGUAGCAGUCAACGCAACUUAUGGGCAGACAGCUGACAGUGACCUCAGGCUUGGUGUAUCGGACGGAAGCAAAUUCAUCGGGUUUGAAAUACCAGAUAAAAGUAAUUACAAAAGCCAUGCUCCUUGUUAUGGAAUACAGGGGAAGUCUGGCAGCUCUCUGAGUAAAAUAAGGGCUUUAGCUCAGAACGCUUCCAAUUCACCGCCAAGCUUCUACCCAGGAAUGUUUUUCCUCACAAUAAAGCCGGAUCGAAAACGAGGCUUUUGCCGCAUUACGCCUGCGCAUGACAGGAGCUUUAAUAAAACAGUUGAAUACAGUGAGCAGUUGUUGCUCAGUCAAGGACUUGCUUUUGAAGUGUAUAAAUCGGACGAAACGGAAAAAGCUGGUAUCAAAUAUGUCGAGGUCAGAUUAAGUAGAAACUGAAACAGCUAUAAAAAAGCCAAAAAGAGUUUGAAAAAGAAUCAAGCUCAUAAACUGAACCCUGGACCACAUUAGCAAAAUAAUUUCACUCACACUUGUUUUUUUGUUUCGACCUCAAUGUUCGACAAAAAUCGAAAACUAUAAGCAGAGGCAGUCUAUGUUAAAUGGCUUAUAUACAACUUUUGCAGCAUCGAAUGCACCUAAUUUAAGAAGUCACGAAGUGUCUUUCAUUGCCAGUGAUAUAAUUGUCGUUUUAAGUUUUUAAGAAUGGAUACAUUGUUUAUUGUUUUCACCAUCUGAGAAAGAUCAAAUCCAUUUAUGGCCCAACAGCUAUUAGAGGCUUGAACACUAUAAAAAGAACUUGAAAAAGACCACUUGCUACCACAAACUGCUAUUGCCUAACAAUUAAACUCCCAAGAUCUAAUUGGUAAUUCUCCCCUCUAGCUGCUACACAUAUCCUUGUAAAUUAGUCACGAGAAUUUGGUGUUAGAUCAAGACAAUAAUGUAAGGAUAUUAUGGGGAGAAAUUUCAUGUUCAUCACUUCUGGGAGUUAAAUGGUUAAAUGAAGACCGCUUAGAGUGCACUCCAGCUAAGAACCUAUGAGUAGCGCCUGGCCGAAACAAUUUUGCAUGUGCGAGCUAUUGAAGGCUCCAUAUACCUAUAAUAAAAUGCAAGCAUAAGUCUCCUUUAGAAGCGCACGCCUAAGUCUUAUCUAGAAUAAAGCGAAUUUUAAUAUGUAUGAAUAAAUGAAUAAAUAAUUCGUUUAGAA